CAGGGGGGCUUGCGGUGGUGCGGCCCCGGCGCGGCGCGCCCGGCGCGGGGCAUGCUGGGACGGGGGCUCCAAAAUGGACAACCACAGGGAUGCGCCAGGGAAGGCGAGCCGGUGGUUCGGAGUGUCCCAAUCCAAAUCGGCCAAGACCAGCGUGAACAUCCUGCAGCAGGAGGAGCUGAUAGCCCAGAAAAAACGGGAAAUCGAGGCCCGGCUGGAGCAGCAGGCGCGGCAGAAUUCCCUCAGCAUCCCGCAGCUCCCGCUGCUCGGAGACGACGAUGGCUCCGAGAGCGAGGCCUCAGUGUCCAACAAGUUUGUGAACGAUGGGAGCUUUCUGCAGCAAUUCCUGAAGCUCCAGAGGGAAAAAUCCAAUGCUGAAACUCCUCCAAAUGCCCCCAACAGCUCCGGGAAUGCCCCAGCUCCAAACCCCGGGAAGAAGCCGGCGCUGCUGGGGAAGCGGCCGGGCCAGGCCCUGAGCCGGAUGCUCCAGGCCCGGAGCCUCUCCCAUCCCAAACCCAGCCCCGUCCUGAGCCGCCUCAGCGUCUUCCAGGGCCCGGAUGAGGAUGAGGAAGAGGAUUACGAGCAGUGGUUGGAAAUCAAAGUUUUGCCCCCAGAGGACUCGGAGACGCGGCAGGUGGUGGAAAAGCUGGCCAGGUUCGUGGCUGAGGGCGGCCCCCAGCUCGAGAAGGUGGCCAUGGAGGACUACAAGGAUAAUCCUGCUUUUUCGUUUUUGCAUGAUAAGAACAGCAGGGAAUUCCUUUACUACAGGAAGAAAGUGGCAGAAAUAAGGAAAGAAAAUCAAAAUUCCCAGGCAGCCUCUUCCCAAAAAGUUUCCCCCCCAGCCGAGCUGGAGACGCGGCGCUCGGCCGAGAAACUGGCGCAGAUGGUGGCGGCGGGGGGGCCCGAGGUGGAGGCCAUCGCCCUGCAGAACAACAGGGAGAACCCUGCCUUCAGGCUGACGCAGAUGGGCCGAGGGAAACAUUUCAUCGGAGAUUUCCUCCCUCCGGACGAGCUGGAAAAAUUCAUGGAGACCUUCAAGGCGCUCAAGGAAGGCCGGGAGCCGGAUUAUUCCGAGUACAAGGAAUUCAAGCUGACGGUGGAAAACAUCGGAUACCAAAUGCUGAUGAAAAUGGGAUGGAAGGAAGGAGAGGGAUUGGGAUCCGACGGGCAGGGAAUUAAAAAUCCCGUCAGCAAGUGAGUCUUCCUUGGGAUUAUUCCUCCCUUUUUUCCGGGAAUUCCUGCUGGAAUCACUGCCUGGCCAGGAUUCCUCAACCGAGCAUGGAAAAUUUAGCCCAGGAGAAAAAAAAUUCCUGGUUUUUCAGGGGAUUUUCUCCUGGAUUUGUGGCUGGAGCUGGAGCUGUCUGAGCUCCCAAAUCCUGAAUUUCCAGCCCCGAUUUCCAUAGGGAAGCGCAGCUCCGGGAAUUCCUGUCUGCACCUCCCCUCUCCUGGGAUGGA